AUGGCUCCCUUCCACAUCGGCGCGCUGGUGUACAACUACCAGGCAAUCGACGUAAUUGGUCCCUUUGAUUUGCUCAACUCUUCUGGCAAAACUCUCCUCGACGCCAUGAGCUUUUACAUCCCGAUCGACGAAAAGGUGCUUGCCGACGCACCAGAGUUCGUAUUCCAUCACAUCGGCGAGACCCUGGAACCCGUGCACCUGCUCACCAGUUCCGUCACCAUCGUCCCCAACACCACCGUCAAAGAUUGCCCGGAAUUGGAUGCCCUGCUCAUCGGUGGGCCCAAUGUCGCCGACUUUGAGCUUUCCCCACAGUUCGCCGAUUUCAUCCGCCGCCACGUCGCCGCCGGCAAGCUUCUCUUUACCGUCUGCACCGGCGCCGGGGUGGUGGCGUCGACCGGAGCCCUCGAUGGCCGAACGGCCACAAUCAACAACCAAGAAUUCCACUGGACGAAGAAGCAGUACCCCAAAGUCAACUGGACAAAGGACAAGAAGUGGGUGGUGGAUGGAAACAUAUGGACGGGGAGCGGUGCGGUGGCGGGCAUGGACAUGAUUGCCCACUGGAUCAAGGAGAAUUAUGGCUUGCAUGUGGUGACGCAGGGAACCAGCGGGCUGGACUAUGAGCCGAGGGACAUCGAUGGGGCAUUCGAUACCGUGUUGAAACAGAGGUACGAUGGCAGUGGGAAGCGCUUGCCUGCGCAUAUAUUCCCAUGA